GCAAUUUAAUUUCAAUUUCCCCCAACAUAAUAUCUCCGCCUUUCGGCGUUCUCUCCUCCCACAUAUUUACCCUUUACCCUUUCUUGUCUCCAAGCCGCGUCCCUAACCCUAACCCUAACCAAAAACCAGGAUCCAACAUGAAAGGAAGUAAAUCGAAGUCAGAUACCAAGAGUUCCAAGCUUUCCGUCAAUAAGAAAGCGGCCCCCACAAAAGCUGGGAAGAAACCGGGGAAGGCGGCCAAGGAUCCAAACAAGCCAAAGAGGCCUGCCAGUGCCUUCUUCGUUUUCAUGGAGGAGUUCCGUGAGCAGUACAAGAAGGAGCAUCCUAAGAAUAAGUCAGUUGCUGCUGUUGGAAAAGCUGGUGGAGACAAAUGGAAGAGUUUGUCUGAAGCUGACAAGGCACCAUACGUAGCUAAAGCUGAGAAGCGAAAGGUUGAGUAUGAGAAAAACAUGAAGGCCUAUAAUAAGAGACAGGCUGAGGGUGUCAAAGGUGAUGAAGAAGAUGAAUCUGAGAAGUCAGUGUCAGAGGUGAAUGAUGAGGAUGACGAUGAAGAGGGCAGUGGAGAGGAGGAAGAUGAUGAGUAGGAAAUACUCUUGGGGGAUAGUUGCUUAGGCUGUGACAAUGUUUGAUCAUCUUAUGUUAAUGUUUCGGUGUUUUCCUCUACUCUUUAGAUGCUUCAAGCAUCUAAAAGAAUUGUACCUUUUCUCCCUGUUAUUUCCUUUUAACCAUCGGAAAUUAUUAGUUGUAGAUUGAAGAUUUGAUGUUAUAUGUACUUCAAUUUAAAGUUUAAUGGUUUAGCCAAGGUUCAAUCUUUGUAGAGAAUGUAGUGUUCUCGCUGUUAGAAUAUGCCUUGUUUUCAUUUGUUUAUAUAGGGGUCGUUUGGUGUAGUUUUUCAAGUGUUUUCGUAUUAAAAUUUUUUUUUUAAA